CCCGCCCGCCCGCGGCCGACAUGGGGCUGCAGCCCCUGGAGUUCAGCGAUUGCUACCUCGACAGCCCCUGGUUCCGGGAGAGGAUCCGCGCGCACGAAGCGGAGCUCGAGAGGACCAACAAGUUCAUCAAAGAGCUCAUCAAGGACGGCAAGAACCUCAUCGCUGCCACCAAGAGUCUUUCUGCAGCGCAGCGCAAGUUUGCUCACUCACUCAGAGACUUUAAAUUUGAGUUCAUUGGCGAUGCGGAGACGGACGAUGAACGCUGCAUAGAUGCGUCCUUACGUGAGUUUUCAAACUUUCUGAAGAACCUAGAAGAACAGAGAGAAAUUAUGGCGUUAAGUGUAACGGAAACCCUGAUUAAACCCUUGGAAAAAUUCAGAAAAGAGCAACUUGGAGCAGUAAAGGAAGAAAAAAAGAAGUUCGACAAAGAGACUGAAAAGAAUUACAGUCUCAUCGAUAAGCAUUUGAAUCUAUCAGCCAAAAAGAAAGACUCUCACUUGCAAGAGGCAGAUCUCCAAGUAGAGCAAAACCGGCAGCACUUCUAUGAACUGUCUCUUGAAUAUGUCUGUAAGCUUCAGGAAAUCCAAGAAAGAAAGAAGUUUGAAUUCGUGGAACCUAUGCUGUCCUUUUUCCAGGGAAUGUUUACUUUCUAUCAUCAGGGACAUGAACUUUCCAAAGACUUCAAUCACUACAAAAUGGAAUUACAGAUCAACAUUCAGAAUACACGGAACCGGUUUGAAGGCGCCAGGUCGGAAGUGGAAGAACUGAUGAACAAGAUCCGGCAGAAUCCCAAAGACCAUAAGCGCGCCAGCCAGUUCACCGCAGAAGGCUACCUGUAUGUGCAGGAAAAAAGGCCUGCUCCGUUUGGCUCCAGUUGGGUCAAACACUACUGCAUGUAUCGGAAGGCAGCCAAGAAAUUCAACAUGAUCCCAUUUGAGCACAGAUCUGGGGGGAAACUUGGGGAUGGAGAAGUAUUCUUCUUGAAGGAAUGUACCAGAAGGCAUACGGACUCCAUCGACAGGAGGUUUUGUUUUGACAUUGAAGCUGCUGACCGGCCCGGCGUUUCCCUGACCCUGCAGGCAUUUUCAGAAGAAGAAAGGAAGCAGUGGUUGGAAGCUCUGGGAGGAAAAGAAGCGCUGUUCCAUGGUUUGAAUAGAGCCAUUAUCCCAAGACCAGAAGGAAGUGCACAGCUGGAUAAGAUGGGGUUCACGAUUCUUAGGAAAUGCAUCAGUGCAGUGGAAACCCGAGGUAUAAAUGACCAAGGAUUGUACAGAGUUGUGGGGGUGAGCUCAAAGGUCCAGAGACUUCUGAGUAUAUUGACAGAUGUCAAAACAUGCAAUGAGCUGGACCUGGAGAAUUCCAUAGAUUGGGAAGUGAAGACCAUCACAAGCGCCCUGAAGCAAUAUUUAAGGAGUCUUCCAGAGCCUCUCAUGACUUAUGAGCUACAUGGAGAUUUCAUUGUUCCAGCCAAAAGUGGCAGCCCAGAAUCUCGAGUAAAUGCUAUCCAUUUCUUGGUUCACAAACUGCCAGAGAAGAAUAAAGAGAUGUUGGAUAUUUUGGUGAAACACUUGACAAAUGUUUCAAAUCACUCCAAGCAAAAUCUAAUGACAGUGGCAAACUUGGGAGUGGUGUUUGGACCAACUCUAAUGAGACCACAGGAGGAAACCGUUGCAGCCAUCAUGGACUUGAAGUUUCAGAAUAUCGUCGUGGAGAUCUUAAUUGAAAAUCACGAAAAGAUUUUUCGGACCUUGCCUGAUACCACAUUCCCUGAGCCGACCUGCCUGUCGCCGUCACCCCCAAAUGCUCCACCCAGGCAGUCAAAGAGACAAGGCCAGAGGACGAAGAGACCUGUAGCUGUGUACAAUCUUUGCCUGGAGCUGGAAGGUGGUGACAGCACCAAUCCUCCCAGAGAAGACACCCCCACCAGCAGCCAAGACUCACUUUCCUCCCCCUCACCCACGACUGCAGCUGCCCAGGGACUUCCUGGACCAGAGAGAAACCACCUGCUGGCGGAUGGAGGGAGCUCUGGGGACUGGGCGCUAAGCCAGACCCGACCGUCGAUGGUCCAGUGGCUUAACCAGCAGUCUCAGAGCGCGCCAGGCACCAACGCCGCCGUGACUCCUCCCUCACCCAGGUCCGCGUCUUUCCCCAUCUCUCCUGCUGCCUCUCUUGUGGACAAGCUUCCUGAAAGCAUUCUCAGUCGCAAGGCCCGCGCCGUGUACCCCUGCGAAGCGGAGCACAGCUCGGAGCUGUCGUUUGAAAUAGGAGCCAUCUUCGAGGACGUGCAAACCUCCCGGGAGCCUGGCUGGCUGGAAGGGACGCUGAACGGCAAGAGGGGGCUCAUUCCACAGAACUACGUCAAGCUGCUGUAGCUCCGGGCCCCCCCCCCCCGCCCCUCCACCGAUCCUGGCACCCGCCCCCCGCAUGCCACAUCCACACUCCGGAGUCUGGGGUCACCACCGGCACCCCAGGGCCGGGCGGCUCGGCAGAGUGGACGGUGCACUGGGCAGCCGCGUCAGGACUGGUGAUUUUGAGUUACCUGGGCGUGACAGCGUCGGAGGGAAAGCAGCCCUGCCGUGUCCCCGACGGGGCGGGGGUGGGGGCCCAGGCCCACGGAGGAGCCCUCUCCUCUGCCCCGCCCUGGGCACAGCACGCAGGGCGCAGCCCAGCAGGCCCAGGGGGCUUUUCCAGGCCUGCUCCCCCUGGCCAGCCUCCUGGGCGCCCCUCGCCUAUUUAUAGCAGCUUCUGGUCGGUGCUCCUCACCUGUGUGCUGUUAGCCCUGUGUACAGGAAAUAAAACGUUAUUUACUACUA